AUGCUGAUUGAAGCACUGGUAAGUCACUUUCUUGUGAUUUAAAAAGUUUGUUUAAUCAUAUAUGUUGGAUAUUUUUAUGGAAAUGUCUUAAAUUAUGGAUCUCUGGAUCUAUAAUUUUAAUCUUGAUUAAAAUAGCCAUUCAACAAUGAUAAAUUAGUAGAAUCAACUGGUAAAACUUAUAGAGCUACAGCAACCAACACGGUGCUCUUCAGGUGUUCACAGAAUCAUAGAAUUGUAGAGUUGGAAGGGACCCAGAUGGUUAUUUGUUCAACCCCCUUCAAUGCAGGAAUCUCAACUAAAGCAUCUAUGACAGAUGGCCAUCCAACGUCUGCUUAAAAACCUCCAAAGAAGGAGAGUCAACCACCUGAGGGAGUCAGUUCCACUGUUGGACAGCUCUUAAUGUCAGAAAGUUCUUCCUGUUGUUUUUCGCCGUAAUCUCCUUUUUUCUUGUAACUUGAAUCCAUUGGUUCAGGUCGUAUCCUCCAAAGCAGGAGAAAAUGAGGUUGCGCCAUCUUCCGUGUAACAGCCCUUUAGAUAUUUGAAGAUGGCUAUCAUUUCUUCUCAAGUCUUCUCUCUACCAGGCUAAACAUCAUACCCAACUUCCUCAACCGUUUCUCAUAAAGCUUAGUUUCCAGACUCUUGAUCAUCUUGGUUGCCCUCCUCUGCACAUGUUGCAGCCUGCCAACAUCAUUUUUAAACAGUGGCAUCCAGAACUGGAGACAGGAUAGAGCGGUAUUAUUGCUUCCUUUGAUCUGGACACUAUACUUCUGUUAAUGCAGCCUAGAAGAGCAUUAGCUUUUUUUGCUGCUGCAUCACAUUUUAACUCAUGAUAUCUUUGUGGUUUCAUGCUAAGCUAGGACCCCUCAAUCCUUUUAAUAUGUGCUACUGAUAAGCCAGGUGUUGCCCAUCUUAUAUUUGUGUAGCUGGUUAUUACUGCUUAAGUGUAGAACCUUACAUUUGUUCCUAUUGAAAUUUAUUUUGCUAGUUUUGGCCCAGUUCUCCCAAUUCUAUAUUCUGUGGCACUAGCUAUCUUUCCUAAUUUGAUUUUAUCUGCAAACUUGAUGAGCAUCCCUUCAAUUCCUUCAUCCAAGUCGUUUAUAAAGAUGUUGAACAGCAGGCCCAGGACAGAACUCUGUGGCACCCCACUCAUUGCCUUUUUUUCCAGGAUGAAGAGGAAUCAUUAGUUAAGCACUCUGGGUUUGUCAGUCAACCAGCUACCAUUCUACCUAAGUUUCCUCAUUCAACCCACAUUUUACCAGCUUUCUCGCAAGAAUAUCGUGGAGGGCUUUGUCAAAAGCCUUACUAAAAUCAAGAUUCACUACAUCCACAGCAUUCUCCUGAUCCACCAAGCUUGUAACUCCUAUCAAAAAAAGAUUCAUCUGGCAUAACUAGUUUUUGAGAUACCCGUGCUGGGUCUUGGUAAUCACAGCAUCUUUUUCCAAGAGCUCGCAGACCAAAUGUUGAAUUAUCUGUUCUAGGAUCUUUCCUGGUAUCUACGUCAAGCUGACUGGUCAGUAGUUAUCUGGGUCUUCUUUUUUCCUCUUUUUGAAGAUGGGGACAACAUUUGUCUGCCUCCAAUCUGAAGGGACCUUACCUGUUCUCAAAUAGUAUAGACAGGCUCUGAGAUUACAUCUACAAGAUCCUUUAGUACCCUUGGAUGCAGUUUAUCAGGCCCUGGAGAUUUGAAUUCAUUAAAGUAGCUAGGUGUUCCCUUACUACCUAUUCCUAUCUUGGGUUGCAACUCCUUCUUGCAUCAUUUAUUCUGUUAUCACCAGGUUGAGCACUGCUUUCCUUUUUGGUGAAAACUGAGGCAAAAUAGUUGCUGAGUGGUUCCGCCUUUCUGAUACCUAAUAGCAUUUCCCCGUCUUUUCCACGCAAAGGACCUAACACCUGUUUUUCCUCUUCAAACAUAGCCAAAGAAAACUUAGUUAUUAUUUUUAACCUCUCUUGCAAGCCUGAGCUUUAGUCCACCCGUCCUUCUCCUUGCAAGUGUUGGCUAUUCAUUUAUACUCUUCCUUUGAUAUUUAUCCUUCCAUUUAUUAUACAUGUCCUCCUUAAAUCUCAGCUCAUCUGUUAGCUCCUUAUGCAACCACACUGGCUUCUUUUGAUAACUCCCAUUUUUGUUUCUUGUUGGAAUUGUCUGCACUUGUGCCCUCAGUAUUUCACCUUUAAGAAACUCAAGUCCAUCUUGGACUUCUCGUUGAGUAGUUGACUAUAUCUCAUCAAGUAGUUCCUUAAGCUUUUUGAAAUAAGCCUUCUUAGAAGCCCACAGUACAUGUUGGACUACACUCAACUUUCCCUUGUCUCUUCAUCAUGAAACCCACAAGGACAUGGUCACUUUCCCCCCAAGGUUUCCACUAUUUCCACCUCAUCGAGCAGUUAUUGAGGAUCAGGUCCAAGAUAGAUGAGCCCCUUGUUGCUUCUUCCACCAUCUGGGAAGGGGAUUUGUCAGUGAGGCCUUAAAUUCUUGGUAGAGUUCGAGUUCCAACAGAUAUUAGGGUAGUUGAAGUCUCCCAUGACUACUAUAUAGCUCUCCUUUUUGAAUGUUUGGUAAUCUGCUUUAGAAAGACAUCCAAGUCUUCAGGCUACCUUGGAGGUGGCAGACACCCACAGUAAGGUCACUAUUGUUUCCCUCUCCUACCGUCUUUGCCCAUUUACUCUCAAUCUGUCUUCCAUGCUCCAGGUUGUGGAUCUUCACUGGUGUACACAUUAUAUAUAAUGCUAUUCACCCUUCCUGUUUAAUCUGUUCCUUUUAAACUAGUUACACCCCUCAAUUUCUACAUUCCAGUCAUGAGUCUCAUCCACUGGGCUUCAGUAAUGCCUAUUGAGUCAUAUUUGCCAUUCUGUAUAGAGCUCAAAAUCGUCUUCCUUGUUUCCCAUCCUCUGUGCAUUAGUAUACAGACAACUGAAACCGUUCCCUCCAGCUGCUUCCUUCUUGUUGUUUCAUUCCCUUUAGCAGGCUUCUGUAGUACCACCUCAGGUUCCUGUGCAUCAAUGACACUAUUAUCCCCAGUACCAGGUGUUCCCCUGACAUAUGUAAUAUUGUUUCCCACCUCUUCAGGAUUUAGUUUAAAGCUCUCCUGAUCAGGUUUGCGAGAUUCUUAGCAAACACAGUCUUGCCAACCACUGUGAGGUGCAAUUUAUCUCUUGCCAGAGGUCCUUCCUCAAGGAAGCAGAGACCAUGGUCCUAGAGCCAAACUUUUCCUGAUGACACCACCUAUGCAGCCAUUGGUUUACUUCCAGUAUUUUCCUCUCUUCUGCUGCCCAGAGUCUCAUAGUCCCUUGUUAUACAUCAAAGGCUGUGUUUGGCAGUAAUGUUUGUACCCACAUGAAUCAGAAGGAAGGGGUUGUGGUCAGUGGGCUUUAUAAGACUCAGAAACUUUUCUGUCACAUUGUGAAUCUUUGUACCUAGAAGACAGCACACCUCCCAUGUGUUGAACUGUUCUUGAACUAAAACUUCCACCAUCCCUUCCCAUCAGCUAUGCUGGCUGGGACUGACGUAUUCUGUAGUCCAGCAACAUCUGGAGGGUACUACAUAGGCUAUUCAUGUUCUGGGGUGAACCACUGUAGGCUGCAGAGAGAAAUUACACAUUUGUAUACUUAUAUAGAAAUUACUAAGGACAACCUAGCACUCUGGGCUAGUCUGUAAUAUGUGCUGGUGUUUUUUACAUGGGAGAUGUUCAAAUGCAAGAUUCCUCUACUUGCAGCCCAAAUUAGUUUACUCCAGGAAAAGCUUUACGCUUCUUAAUUCUGUCAAUGUUCAGUUUUGUGGGCUGGUUUCUAUGAUUAACAUGUGUGUUGAUGUGCAAGUUCAAAUCCGUUGUGCAUGUAGAGUACUAAAAUUGUUGCCUGUUCCAGACUACUCUGGAUUGUGUGGUUAAAUCAGUUAGCCACUCUACCUUAUGGGACUGAAAGUGAGUCUUAGUGAGAGAUAUAGUACAUAAAUUUCUCAAUUUUCAAGUAUGCUAUGAUAUUUGCAAUCCUGUAAGCAUUCUAGAAUACUUUCUGUCACUUUCUGUCUGUUAAAUUGAACCUUUUGAAUGUGCAUACUGGCUUGUAUACGUCUUAAGAUUUUUUCAGUCAUCUUUUUGUGCAGUAAGCAGAAAGAAGGGUAUGCUAGACACUCCUUUAAGUUUAGGAAGUCCAGGCUUUAUUUCCCUUAUUGUUCCUCUAGUCACAAAGGUUGGUGAACAAAAAUGUAUACUACUGUCCCAGGGUACCAACUUGUUAAAUUAAUUUGAGAGUGGUGGGAAACCUUUCAGUCUUUGGAGAAGAAAAAAUUUAUUUUGCUUAAAGGGAAAAAAUGCUUUCAUACUGAACACAAGUAGCACUUGUGUGGGAGAGCCACUUUAAAUAGCAUGCAGUGGACGUUGCCUUCAUAUGGAUAGCCAUUCUAAAGUGACCCACUAUAUAUAGAGAAGGCUAGUGUUAGAUCAGUAUAUGGUAGCUCCGUCAUGGAGUGGGUUGCUUCACAGACGCCACUUAUGUGGUGUGAUUUAAAAUAGUUGCUAAGGUGUAAGGUAUUGUGUGGCUUUGCUCAGAGCAGAGAUUGGGAACCUGUGACCCUCCAGAUGUUGUUGGACUUCAACUCUUAUCACUGUACCAAUGAUCAGGAACUAUGGGAGCUGUAUUCCAACAGCAUUUGGAGGGCUGCAGAUUAACCACCCCACCAGAACUUAAGUUUCAUUUGCUCAACAACCUCAUGCCACUUAGGCACUUUUUAGAACAUUCAAGUUUGUUUGGUACUUCCUUGUGUUGACUCUUGCACCUAUUAGGUUUCUAAUUCCUAACCAUAACUCUCUUAGCAUAUUGCCAUAUUCUUAAGCAUACUGCAGUAUUCUUCAGACAGGUAUAUUUGAAAUUCCACUUUAGCACUAGAUUUUAGAUUCAUAAUGGGAAACUAUAAGUCAUUGGGUGAAAGUGCUUCCUGUACUAAAGUGCUAUUAUUCAGCAUUUUUUAUGCUAUCAAGCUAUUCUUAACUCCAAAACUAUGACAUUUAUCGAGAAUUGGUUGCUUUGAAUUGAGUGCCAUAUUUCAGUAAACUUCUGUCAAGACCAGUGCCUUCAAACCUUCUGUCUUCAGGGAAGGCUUUCCACAUCAUGCCUGCUGAGCAACCAAUAAGUUGCAUGGGAUUCUGAGCAUGUUCCAGGGUAGACAAACACCAAACAUGGACAAUGAUGAAGCCUGUUAACACACAUUAACUGAAUGACACAGAGAUCUAUGUAUUAGAACCUGCCCAACAUUCCUCUAUGUGUGUUGCAUUGGAAGGAGUUUGGUAUUGGCAUCAAGAGUGAGGCAGUCCAAGACAUUUUGGUGUCUUAGAAAAUCCAGAGGCCCCCCCCCCCUAAAAAUAUUGGUAGUUUUCUGCCAUAUGAUAUCCAUAAUUUGCUAUCUUUCUUCACCUAGCAGUCCUCCUUUCAAUUAGCUUGCCCACCAUUUUGGAUCAUGUUAUGCUUCUGAGGAAACACAGGAUUCCUUGGAACAUUGCUCUAAGUCAGCCUUUAAUUUGUGAUCUCCUGCUGACUGUUCUUUACAUUAUUCACCCCACGAGUCUUUCUCUUGCUAACAAGUUCAAAAGUGUUUCUUAGAGAUUUCUGUUCACCAUCGCUCUCUACUCUUCUCCUUUUCCAUGUUCUGUAUCUACCAUGGAUUGCCAGUAGCAAUUAGUAAUAACUCAAAUGUGUGUUUAUCUUGGCACUUUGCAAAGUAUCAACAUGCGAGUCAAACCUGAAGCUUAACAUUAUAUUUAGACAAAAAUGUAAAUGUUUGUUAAACACUUCUAAUUAGUUCUCUUGACCUCUACAUGCUACUUUCAACCGUCAGUCUUCUUAUAGGAAGCAAAGUAUUGAAUAUGCUGCAUAGCUUCCUAAAAUAUCUGUGCACACACUUAAAAUGAUGCUGAGCUUAUUUUGCAUCCUUUACUUCAGUUUACAAUGUUGCUGAUUUUAAAAGAACCUUUGUAGAGGUAUAUCCUUCUGAAAGUACUAAAUAAUAAAAUGUGGAAGAAGGUCAAUACUGCAAUAUUAGUGUACCUUGAUCCAAAACACUUUUUUUAGUUUUCUCUUAAGACAGGGAACCUAUGGCCCUGCUCUUGUUGGGACUUGCAGCUCGCAUCAUCCCUGACCAUUGGCCAUGCUGUUUAGGGCUGAUAGGAGUUGGUAGUCUGGAAGGCCAUAGGUUCUUCAUCUCUGCUCUCCUAGUGCAGGUCAGUAAUCCCUAAAUACUUGGUUAUGACUUGGCUGAAUUUAUAUUUGACCAGUUUUUUGUUGGAAUGACCCAAUGAAAAAUGGAUACAAAGGAGUGGUAAGCUGCUCUGUAUGCCAUAAUUGUAGAGUAUAUUGGAGGAUAGGAUCACUAAAUGAAGAAAGCAGAUAGUAGUGUCUAGAAAUGGAGAUAGGUUUCCUAUAACCUACUUUGAGACAAGUGCUGCCCUGAGUUUUUGUGGAUGUACCAUAAGUCUGUCUAUGGUCUUCUACUAUGCUGAUGCAUCUACAGAACAUUGUGGUAAUGGUAGAUCAAAAUAUUUUUUCUGGGGCUGAAAAAAACACUUGAAAUGUUUUUAUAUCUGGGCGAACCAGUUAAGUGUUCUGUGAGUCCUAGCUUCACUACUCACUUAUAUUAUUAGACUUUUUGCUCGUUAAAUUUUGAAUAGUUCCAUGUUUCAGGUUUGGCUGCAGCAGGGUUUCUAUGCUAUAACCUGAAGUAAGGAAAUCUUACCGUUUGUACAUUAAUAUUUGGACAAUGAUUUUGUGAGAAGUGCCAACAUGAUUUAAUGAAUUAGCUUAAAUUUGAAGUUUUCUUCAAAAUUGAAUUUGUAAUUUCAAGAAAAUGUGUUGCCCGAGAGCCAAAAUAUUAUUACAACAUUCUGUUGUAUUGACAAAUCUGCUGCAAGUUUAAAAUCAUCCUUUUUUAUUUUAUUUCAUAAAAUUUAUACACUGCUUGAUGGUAAAAACCCCACAUACUUCUAAGCGGUUUAAACCCUGAAGAUCUCUCCACCAUAAUUGGUGCUGUCUCAUUCAUUAAAUGCUAUUCCUUGAGACUACAGUCACACCCAGUGUAACAGAUGGGUACAGUUAAGAACUGCACAGGCAGGAGGUGGCAAAUGUGAAAGGGCUACAAAACCAGACCAUCCAGAACACCCGGUUGCCCUUGGGUGUCAAUAUAGAAUUGAACCUAGUGAAUAAUCAUUAUUAAAUCAGGAGAAUUAAUUUGAAGGGAAUACUUACUCCUCUUGGAAUUUGUAGCAGGAUUAUAAAUUUUUGCUGUUCUGUUUAUUCUAUUCAUAGGGAUCAAAAUGAAACAAAUCCAUUUUUCAUUUGGAUCUUGGGGCCAGUCAUAUAACCAAAGACCAAGCUGAGAUAAAUUAGUAUCUAGCCAGUCCUACCUUCUAGUAAUGUUCUCUGCCCACACCUUCCCAUGACUUAAUCUGUAAGGACAGCAGAACUUGUUUAGUCCCCUAGUAGUACUGUAUUGCUUAUGUUUUACGCUAUUUGAAAUCUUCAUUUUGUUGCAUCUAUUACAGCCUAUAUAACAUCCAGGUGUAGUGCCCCUUGGUGUGGGAGUUCACUAAACUGAACUACAUAUAACCAGGCCUUUGGCUGAUUUUAUGGCCUUUUAAAUGUGUUAAUGGGAGAAUAUUAUGUAUUUUGUGUUCUAAAUUUGUAUUUUUAUGUUGUGAACUGCUCUGUGAUCUUCAGAUGAAGGGCAGCACACAGAUUCAACAAGUUAAAUAAUAUUUAGGGCUGUGUCCCAUGCUAGUUCUUCUCAGAGCAGGCACAUUGAAAUGGAUAAAAAUAAGGUAGCCAUGGGUCUACUCAGUUUUCUUCUGACUGGCAUGUAGCAUAACCCAUAGUCUUAAAAGUUUGGGAAGUGAUGUAUUUGCCAGCUGUGCACCUUAUGAAUUAAAUGUGUAACCACACAGAAUUGUAUGAAAUUGAACAAAACUUUAUGAAUUCAAAACAAAAUGUUUCUUCUUUUAUAGAUUUUUUUUUUUUAAAUAUUCCCUAUAGUAUUUUUGUUGUGAAUCUCAUGAUCAUAAAGACUGUGUCUAGAACCAGUACAUUUCCUUUCUUGUUUCAGUGGUUUAAAGUAAAAAAUUCUGCUUAUGUCCUUCCCUAUAGCAAUCUUGAAAAAUGGCUGGUAAUUUUCUCAAUACCUUUUAAAUGCUCCUCUGACAUCACUAAUUUUCACAUUUUUUGUUAUUUGAAAAUACAUUAAAAUGUGUUCAGAUAUGAUAAUUCAAUGUUGGUUGUUUAGUUUAAGGAUAAAAUUACCUGUAUUCCAACAGAAUUUUUCUUUUAAUUUUUUUUAUAAAGAGUCCAGACAAAGGAAGAAUCUCAAAGGGAGACAACGAGUUCCAAAUCAAGAUGGCAGUUCCACAGAUUGAGAGGUUGAUGAAUGAACUAUUGCAUGAUUGCUGAUUAUGUCCAACCAAGAGGGGCACUUUAGGAUGAACUUCAGUGUAAUCUAAACCAGAGAAGAUUUGGGCUAAUGAUCAUCUGAUAAAUGGAUUUUUAAAAAAAUCAAAUGAUUUCUGACCCUUCCAAUAUAGCUUAUUUGAUAUUGGGGAUGGAAUGGGCUGACUGAAUUUUCAAACCAGGAAUGUAUGCAUACUUUUCUCCCCUGUUGGCAGAAGUGCUGUGCUACUUUAAAUGGCUUAAAUAAAAGUGGUUUUUUUUACAUUUUUAUCUUGUUUGUCGUCUUUCAGGCUUAAAGGUUCUUAAUGUAUUGAUCUUUCCUGUCACUGGUUGUGUUGACAAGAACUGUUUGAUUACCGAAAGAAUUUAAUAUUUUGUGAAAUGAUAUUUCAAAUACUUGCAAACUUUUCAGAUUGCUGUCUGUUUUUAGUAGGAUCUUAUUCUUGGUUGGGGCUUUAUAUUCUGUGUUUUCUGGCUAGGUGCAAAAGGUUGUAUCCUCCUAAGGGUUUCAUGUCUGCCUAAUCUAGGAUAAAUGGUGGUAGAUGUCAGCAAGACAUUUUCAGAACAAUGCCACUAUCUUAGAAUGGUACAAAUAUGUGGAGUCAUCUCACCAUCACACUAUGACCUAGAGUCUCCUAUGACAGCUCUAGCGUUGGAUAAUAUACACAUAUUGAAAAACUGACUCUUUUUCUAAACAUUUAAUUAUAGUUUUCUUUCCUUAUGGUGUGGUAUGUGGGUCUGAUUUUCUUGAUCAUACUUAACAGUUUUUUAAAUGAAUUGCUGUAUGUACAAAUCUGUAAUGUUUUGAUUCUACCAUGUUGGUUAAUCAACCCUAGCUAGAUAAAGAAGUUAGGUUGAAUAAUUGCCUACGCACACCAUUAAAGUUAACCUUAUGCAUUUUAUUGUAUUACUGAAUACCUAUUGCCACUUCAUGUCUACCAAGUAACUCAGAUCUGGUAGCUUAGUAACUUGAUACAUAAUUUUGGGGUUAGAAGGUCCAUUUUCUUUCUGACAUACUGCUGUGAAUAAUCAUUAAGGGGAAACUUGAUCUAAACUGCCAGAUUGCUGUUGAAGAUUUUUAUUGAUGGGUAUGAUGUUCAUGUUUCUGAUAUUAAUGUUGUAAAGAUGGCAGUUGCGCAAUUACCCAUUCUUAAUGGGUAUUCUGUAUGGCUUGCCUAGUGGUGGUUUGGGUUUAGGCAAGACACCUGAGAUUCUGACUAGUGUGAUUCCUUGGAUAUUUAAUUCUGCUUGAGGUACUACUCAGAAUCUCAGGUGGCCACUAACUUUGACCCAAAGGUGUUCAUCAAUUUGAAGACUUGGAACCUACCUUCAAGAUUAGCCUUCUUCCAUUGUAGAGAAUUCUCAACUAAAUUCUUCAAAUUGCUCACUUGAAAUUAUGUAUUGUGUACUAGCUUUGUUGGGCUGAAAUAAUGUGGGAAAGUGGCAACAGAUUGUUUCUAGUGAUAGAACUUGUCAUUUGCUUGGACCUUCUGCUCUGUCACUGGAGGAUAGACAUUUGUCCAUCCAUGGUACUUUUCAAUGGUAUAACAUGCUUUCCAUAUGUUUGGGGUUAUGAGAAAUACCCAAUAUCCCAAUCAGGAAGGGAAUGGUCACUGGACAAGCAACUCUUGUGCCACCUUUUCCAUAGGCGUUCCAAAUAGUUUUGUUAAUUGUUGAUGUUUGAAACCUAAGCUUUUGUCAUUGGAGUGUGGCUGAAAUGAAGAGCUCAGGAAAUGGGUCAUAAUACCAUGACCAUGUUAGAAUUAUUUUACACCCUCUUGGUAACCAGCAAAUUGGAAUUCCAGCACAACAAUUUUGUCCUUUCCAAAUAGAACCACUAGGGUGGCGCUAUUGAGUCAAAAGGGCUAAUAGAUAACUCUUUUUGUGCCCAUUGGAAUUACUUUUAUACAAUUAAUGGCUUUGGGCUAUUUGUGUCUCCGUGCCUAUCAGAAAUAAGCUACUUGAAGAAUUGCUUUAAAAAUUACCCUUUGGGGGUAUUAGCCUUCCCAUGUGAACCACUGGUGCCAACCCACUGGAUACCAGUCUUGCUUCCAUUCCUUCAAAAUGGCUUGCUACACCACAACUUCCUGUCCAAAGAGGAAGUAAUUUUAGCCCAAGGACAGUGAUCUAAGGCAAUCCUCUCCAACAAAAGCAACCAAUAAUAUCUCUUUUGGCUUGGAAAGGGUGUCUGAACCAGAUGGGGUUAAGUUGCCUCCUCCACAGAUUGGAGUUGGGUAUGAAGAUGCCAGUGAUGGGGGGUAUGCACCCUUGAGGUGGAGGCUCCCCCUCUCUUUUUGGGUGGAAAUGAAGGGGUGGGUCUAUGGUACAUCACCUGAGUUGUGGGGUAAAUGUAGAGAGUGUCAAUCAAAGGCAGAGCUCAGAGCUGGGAAGAAAGCUCUAGAUGGCGGCUGUGCCUUGGAGAGCGCAUUGAGCCUCCCUGCUUUUUUCCCCCUCCUCCGCCACUUUUGCGCAACUUUGCCCAACUUUUUGGCUACCUCAGGGGGCUCCUGCGGCCCCUAGCCUCUCGCGGGGACUGUCGUAGGGGGCAUCGAGCGUUUUUCGGGCAGAAAAGCAGCUUUUUGGGGCGCUCUCCCUUCGCCUUGUUGGAAAGAAGCAGCCGUGGAGGCAGCCCAGGUCGUUGUUUUUCCUAGCUUGGAAGCCAUGGCGUACCUCCAUUUUUGUGCGCUCUCUUAAUGAGCUUUUUUCUCCGGAUCUUUUUUACCCCAUCUUUUGGCUCUAAUUAUCGCCUCUGGCAAUUGAACGAAUGCAGAUCGUUUGGGAUUAAACGCCUUAUUUUAUUGUUUUUCAAAAGAAAUCCGGCUUUUUUCUUUCGUUCUCCGUGUUGCCGUUGAAAUAUUUUGGAGCUAAUGUUUUCCCACGACCCGAAACUAAUAUCGGGUUGGACCUGGCGCCGGUGCCUGAAUCAGGUAGGUGGGCGAUUAUUAAUUACCAUUUUGAAGGUUUUUUGUCCUUUUUGAAUACUUUUGAUUUUUUCCCCCUCGACCGGUUUGAACGACCCUGGAAUGACGCAAUAAAAUACCGAGAAUACUUGCUUCCAGGGUUACUUUAGGAAAGUUUGUAGGAUGCUCCCCAGGGCUGUGUACCCUCGUGGUAUUUUUUUUUAAAAAAUGUAUAAUAUUCUCCGUUUUCCCCGUGUUGAUCAGCGUUCUGCAUUAUUGUAACAAAUACCAUUGCAGCGUCAGGACUUUGUUCUUGGUAUUGAAAGCCAUAGGCACAAACUGGGACCUUACCUUUCUUUCAACUUUUGACAGUAAAUACCUGGGCACAGGACUUCAAAGCAAACACAGCCACCUCUCUACCUUUCCCUUAAAUAUUUAAGAAUAAAAAGAUGAUGAGAGAUACGGAUAAAAGCCAAGGAGAGGAGGGUUCAGUCCACAGCAAUGCUUCGAGGUAUGAUCUCUCAACUUUAUUAUUUUUUUAUUAACCUGAUUUCAUUGUUUACCUUUUGACACCCUUGGGUUACCACCAGGAGAGAAACAAAAUAUAUAUUUCAAUGCUUUUGAUUUUUUUUCCUAAGGAGUGACCUUGAGCUUGCUAAUAUGCCACACCCUGAUUUUCUUUUUUUUUUUGGUUGCAAUUUCUGGAAGUUGUGGUGUGAUUGAAAGGCCCCAUGCCAUAGUUAAAAGGUAAAGCACCUUUCUACAGAUGGAACCUUUUCCUGUAUAUUAUGCAAGUUUUAGCUUCUGAAUUUUGUGUUUUUGAGGGGUUUUGUGCUGUGAAAAAUGACCUUGCCUAUAUAGCCACUGCUGCAUUGCACCAUUUUACAUAUAAGGGAUUUUUUUUCCUUUGAAGAAUUUGUGAAGUCUAAACUUUAGUUGAAGGCCAGACAGAAGCCUGAUAGUAUUGUAAAUAAGAAACUACACAAAGUUUUAUGAAUGAAAAAAAAUUCAUUUUAUAAUAAAAACCAGAAUGCGUGUGUGUGGUUGACACCCUUUGCUUCAUAUUCAAUUUGGCUUUACAGAACUUUGAUACUGUUUUAGGUAUUUUAAUAUAUUUUGAUACACUUUAACCAGAUUUCCCCAUUGAUAGUAGAUUCUUCCAUUUAAAAGAGAAAUGAACUAAGUGGGACACCUUGGAAUCUUGUCUAUUUUCUUUUUAACUUGGAGUAAAUUUUAAUGUUUGGGAUUUUUUGUGUAUUUUUUUUUUGCAGGUGUUGGGAUGGCAAGUCUAAUAAAAAUAUUUUUAAUUUGGAUCUGUCACUUUUUUGCUUAACCCUGUAGCAAGGGAAUUCUAGCUGUGUGUCCCUGAUAAUUCUGAUAAUAAUUUUCUGCAACAUAUUUACUGACCCUAGCUUGUUUUGUUACUUAAAAUCCCAUUUUCAGCUUUUUUGUGUUUAUAAUCCUGAAAAUAAUUUGUGUACCAACCUGUUCCUUGUUGUAAGUGUAUGAAUGAUAUAUUGUGAUGUUUAGAUUUUAAUUUAAUAGAUUAUUAGAAUUUGAAUUAAUACCAUGUGGUAGAAAAACCCUAGGGGUUGUGGGUGUUUUCCUACAGUAUGUUAUGCACUAAGAGAUUCAAAGUUUAAGCAAUGUAAAAUAUUACAGUGGAUGUGGAUAUGUUUAAUUGAUGAUUAAAACUGAAGACAGCUGCAAUUUUUGAUGGGGGUAAAAAAGCCAUUUGAUUCCCACACCUAGGUACAAGAAAGCAUGGAUCUCUUUUUAGGAAUCCAUAAUUUUCAACUCUAUGAAACUCACAAUUCAGACAUGCAGUUGUGAAAGUCAAAUUGCUGACUUGGUAACAACAUUGUUUUUGAAAUUAGCUGGUUAAUCGGUUAAUCCACGUUGAUAGAAACCCACUGCAUUUUAGUAAUAAAUAAAUGUGAUAAACUGAACAAAGGGGUUUAGUAUCGUGAGGGGCAGCAAACUAAACCUUUAAAAAGCUGUGAAAUGUGAAUUGAAUUAGAAAAUUAGAUUAACCACCCCUUUGACAUUCCCCCCCCUUUUUCUUCCCCAUGGGUAUAUUAUUUGCAUAACCUCCACACAUGAACUUUUGCUUUCCUGGUAAGCAUUAUGUUAACACCUUUUGUAUUGAAAUAAAGAUCCCUAUUCUCCCCCCUCCCCUUGCAGUUCUUCAAAGGAAGAUAUUUACUACUAGCAAUACUUUCUCACGGGGACCAAUGGAAAAAACAAUAUUUACUGUAAACAAUUCCUCCUUGGAGUUCAUUUUCUGAGCUGUUGGUUGUCUCAGUGUUGUAGAAGGUGUAUCUGUGGGGAAAGUACUUUUAGGAAGGCCACCUCAAAAUUGUACACACACAUCCUACUUGCAACUUCCUUUCUGUAUCUGAUUGGGGUGGAGAAACGUGUCAUAGAUGGUUUACAUCAAGGCCUCUCUUGAUUGGGAGAUAAGUGAUAAGAUUGGGGUGCUGGUUGAAGGGUGGGUAAAUGUGUAUAUGAGACAGAGAGAUGGGACUAGUCCCAUGCUCCUUAUAUUGUUUUUAGGAGAAAGAAGUAACUUACCUUCCUUUGCUUCCCCUACCAUGCAAAAAUUGGCUCAAGAUUUCUUUUCCCUAAGUGUUUCCUAUGCUUUGGUCCACAAGAAUACAUUGUGCAGAGAACACAAUUCCUACUGGGAAAUAUUUUGAGAACACAUUUUGUUCUUGCAGGAAGUUUUGCUUUUUAAUACUUGCUCCACAGUUUUGGAAUAGGGAUUCUAUGUGGCUCAUGAUCUUUAGGGUCACUUGUUGUUCUCUUCUUCUUCAAUAUGCUAUUAUAUUGGAUGGGAUAAAAAUCCCAAAUAAUAUACAACUCAAGUCCAUGUUCUGAUGCAGCUUGUCAUUGCACAAUGGUUGCCUACUAUAGUUUCUCUGGUUUUAUAACCUUUAAUCCUAUUCAUAAUUAUAAUGUUACACACUUCUUAGCCUAACAAGUGGAUGCUGUCAGUGAACAGUGAAUAUUCUCAUGUGGUUAUGGGCAAGUAUGUUGAAUGAAAAACCUGUGGUGGCAUAUUCUGCAACAAUACCUGUUAUGGUUUAAGUUGGGUGGAGAACCUGUGGCUUUCCACAUGCUGUUGACCUACAAUUGCCAUCAUCCCUGACAAUGGGCCACACUGACUGGGCCAAAGGGAUUUUUUAGUCCAACAUCUGGAGGACCACAGGUUGCCCACCUUUGGUUUAGGUUAUAAAUAGCUUGGAACACUUCCAGUCGUUUGGAAAAAAGAUUUCGUUCAAAGCCCAAGCUAUUAAGAACUUCACACAAGGUUUGUCAUGGAACCAUAUUAUUCCCAAUAUGCUCAUGAACCACUUAAUUUUAAAUUCCCAUACCACUGCAUGUCAAAAUGUUCUGCAAUGCUUACAAUAAAAACAGAAAAUCAAAACACAAUGCAAUAUUUUAAAAAGAAUAGAGAAACACACUCCCUCUUAAAACCUGGCUUAAGUCACAGUCCGAUGCAUGUUAUGCGGAACUAAGUCCUGUUGAACACAGUUGGGCGUCUUGUGUUAAUGAAAAGCACUUUUCAGCGAUGAAAAUGUUUCCUGUUGCUGCCUGAAAGCUAGGGAAGGAAGAUACCAGGUUAAUCUUCCUGGCAAGGGGAUUUGCUAACUGGGGUGCCACCCCCAAGUAGGCUGUUGAUUGGGAUGGGCCACCAGUGCCUCUCCAGCUGUUGCUGUUCUGUACUUUCCAUCAUCUUUGAUCCUUGGUCAUGCUACCGGGGCUGCUUGAGUUGGGAGUCCCAACAGUUUCUGGAUGGUCACAGGUUAGUUGCACCUCCUGCAAGAUCCUUAGCUACACCAUAUUUAAGAUGGGAGCACCUGCAACAAAUACUACCUAUACAUAAGAAGUUCCAUGAGGCUGCACAACCUGACCCUAAGUAUAAGUUAAAGAAAACUUGCUUCCAAGUAAACAUAGUUGAGAUUGGGUUGUUACUUGGAAGUAAGCUCUGCUGUACCCAAUGGAGUCCUGGUAAACAGUACACAGGAUUGGGGUAUUCAAUAACACAUGAGAGGAGUCUGCAUAACGUUACGAUUUCUUACAAAUAGCUGUUUGAGACUUGUCUUUUGUGCUGUUCGAAAUGCAUGCUCACAUCGCAAAUCCUUCGGUAUGGCAACAUUUAUGUUUUCCUCCAUGCACCACAAUCUAUAAACUAGUUAAGACUACACAGAGUUAAUAUAGCAUUUUUGUUAUGCCCGCUAACGCUCUCCCUGCAGGCUGGGGGCUUUAUUUCCAGAGCAAUUUCUCAUUAAAGCUGUAAGCAGUAACUGUAAGCUGCAUCAUGCAGAUUUCUGUUAACAAGCACAUUCAGCUAGUGGCGGCCAUUUUAUGAAGCACCACUCGUAUUUAAAACGAGGAUUUUUAGCUGGGGACAAUGAGCAAUGAGGGUGGAGGGGAGAGAGGGAGAGAAUUACUGGCUGGGGAGGGGGGGCCUUAAUAUCUCUUGGGGUGUGAGGCACGAAGCAUUUAUUUUGGGGGAGAAUAAAUGGGCUAGGUGGGUCAGAUCAAAAUAAGAAAAUGCUAAGCAUUUUACUGCAGGUCUGCUUUGUCACAAAAUGGCUGUUCCUUUGUGCCGCAUAGCUGACAGACAUACUGCAUUGCACUGUGUACUCUUUUUUUUUUUUUUAGCACAGCAGGAAGUUGCUGGUGGAUAGUUCAAAGGCCAUCUUGGGCUGGACGAGAGCUCUGGUUGGCUGCCGGCUCACUUGGAAACAGGAGGGUCAACAACGGCAGAGCUCUGUGUCAGCCGGAGCCCUGCCUUCCUGGUGACAUCACAGUACUCUCAUUUCUCACAGCCAGACAGCUUUCUGCCUGCUCCAGCCAACCAGGGCAGAUUAGAAAGAAGCCUUUUGCAUGCAGCGUGCUCACUUCUUCCGCGGUGCUGGAAAGCAAGAGGCUGAGAGCAACGCAGUGCUUAAAAAGCAUGAAGCUUUUUUAAACAACGAAACAAAAACUGUGUGGUGGCAAAAUAAAAAAAGGAUGUGCAUCUUCAUAGCCAGUGGCAACAUGACCAAUAAACCAGAAUAUGCCGCUAAAAAACGCUGGGUUUUCCCUUGAGUAAUCUACUUCCCCUUAUGCUCAAACCAUUUUUGGAAGAAUAGCAAGAGAAUGGCUUUUCAGGCAACAUACUUUUUGAGGAACGAGCUUUUUUCAGGCUAGAGCACACUUCGUCGGCAGUCUCGUCAGAUAUUGGGGAGAACCCAACCAUUUCUCCCUAAGCUAUUUUGCUUUAAUGGGUACAGAACGUGUGUAUGUUUAACUAUGUCUGAUCUGGCUGCAGUUUAACAAAGGAGAACACAGUCCUUUAUACUGGAAGAAGACUGCUUUUUGGGGCAGCCUCACACAUUAGAUCAAAUUUAAACAGGGAUUUCACAACAGGAAGGUUAUGUUAAUACCCUAUAAUCCCCGGCACCUGGUCAGUUGUGCAAUAAUUCAGGUGAAGCACUUUUACAAACAUAUGCUGAAAUGUUUCAGAUUGAGAUUUAAUAAUGACAUAGGUGUCUGCAUUCACAGCUGCUGAAAAGCCACGUCACCUAUCCUGGAAAGCUCAUAGUUUUGGAGAUGUUGUUCCCUCAGGUGUUUAGGGAAAUGUACUCUAUACAUUUUACACAUAUUUCCUCAAAAUAGGUGAUGUUCCCUUAACAAUUCAAGCCAGCUGGUAGUGCUUUGGCAACCUUUGAACUGAAAAGUUUGUGUUUCCUGUACUGUGAACUCUUGCUACUUAAUCCCAAACUCUUUUGUUUUGGAUCCUGUCUGGUGCUCCAUUGAACUUUCUGAAUCAUUGCAAAACUCACCCUGAUCUCUACACCAGAGGUUUACCUUGUGAAGAGUAUAGGUCAGAAGAGUGCCUGUAAAGAACAUAUUUAAUGCAGUUAAAGAUGUAAGAGAUCUGGAAUGUCACAAGACUAGUGUUUGUCUUCCGCCUUCCUCUGACUUCCCCAUUGUUUGAGAUGUGAGUCACAGAUGGCCUCAUUCUUGCUGUUUGCAAGCUAGCAAUUGCUGCUAAUUAAUGUAGAAGCAGCCCAAGUAACUGGAUCUGGUUUAAUGAAGAGAAGAGGAAUGGCCUCUUUCUGCAUAACUUUAAAGUGCCAUUGUCUCUUAUGCCAAUGAACACAAGUACAGGAAAACAGAAAAGCCCUUGCUCUGUGUACACAAAUAACCUGAUUGCAGGUUGGCAGAUUUUCAACUUGUGUGCCCUGUAACCCUGCCUCAAUUUGUAAUUGUUCGGUCAUCAAAACUGUUCCCACCCCAAAAUGGCAGAAUAUGGAUCUGAGUUUUUAAUUGCUCUGUGAAUUUUCAUCCGUCUUGUGGGCACUUCACACAUGAAAUGGUAAAAGCCAGUGGGUGAUAUUCAGUAGGUUUGUCUACUCUUAUCAGGACUAUUUUGAUCUAUUGGUACAUGUGCACCUUAAAUCCGGUAGGCUGCUCGUCUACAAAUGAUUCAUUGCUUUCCAGGCACAUUUGCCUAGGCACCUGGGUAGUUUCCAUCUUUUUGACGUUUAAUUAUCUUUAGCAGACCAUGCCCACAGUGGCUCACAAUAAAUAUUUUUUUAAGAAUCAACAGUUAAUCACCAGGCAUGCUGACAGCUUCAAAUAGGACAGAGUCAAAAAGUCAGCUUCAAUACUACAGUGACUAGAGAGAAAAUGCAAAUUUCAAAGGGGAUUUGCAUCUGAUGGACUCUAGUCCGUGAAAGCUUGUGCCACAAUAAAUAUGUUAAGCCUUUAAGAUGCCACUUUUAAGGUUUUAAUGAAGUGCAAAUGCAAGAUCAAAAACAGCAGCGAAAACAAAAAGACUAGCUAGCCAAACUCUCAAUUCCAGUGCUGGUAUUGCUGAACUCCAGGGGAGCACAGAAGAGUUCAGUCUGAAUGCAGGUAAGAUAUUGUCAAUUUGGAGGGAAGAUAGGCUGUAUGCCCGAGUCCCUUCUAAUCCCUGGAUCCAGCAAGGGUUAAAAUCUAAGCAAGGAUUAAUUUGUUGGAAUAGCCAGGCCAGCUUCUUUGUAAUGGCUCCCUAAGUAUGGGUCAUUAAGGUAACAAAGGAAGUGGCUCUGUGCCAGAGGCAAAAUAGGUGCCCCCCCUCAACUGGCUGGUAGUUAGAAAUACAAAGUCCAGAGUAGAAGCUAGAAGCAGGAGGCAGGCCGAAGUCUGAGAGACAUGCUUGAUUUCUGCUUGAAUCCAACUCUCUGGCUAUGGGAGAAGCAAGACCACUUUGGGGUGUUAAUGCUUUCAGCACCUCUAGCAUAGGCUUAGGUUGUAUAUGUGUGUAAAUAAACCAUAUAUCUUAAAUCAGGCGUGGUAAACUCGGCUCGCCAGAUGUUUUGGGACGAUUAACUCCCAUCCCUAGCUAAUGACCAGUGGUCAGGGAUGAUGGAAAUUGUAGUCUCAAAACAUCUGGAGGGCCGACUUUGCCUAUGCCUGUCCUAUAUAAACCACAGUCUCCUCUGUUCCUCAUUCUGAGGAAACUGAACCCAAGGUAAAGGUAAAGGUACCCCUGCCCGUACGGGCCAGUCUUGCCAGACUCUAGGGUUGUGCGCUCAUCUCACUCUAUAGGCCGGGAGCCAGCGCUGUCCGCAGACACUUCCGGGUCACGUGGCCAGCGUGACAAGCUGCAUCUGGCGAGCCAGCGCAGCACACGGAACGCCAUUUACCUUCCCGCUGGUAAGCGGUCCCUAUUUAUCUACUUGCACCCGGAGGUGCUUUCGAACUGCUAGGUUGGCAGGCGCUGGGACCGAACGACGGGAGCGCACCCCGCCGCGGGGAUUCGAACCACCGACCAUGUGAUCGGCAAGUCCUAGACGCUGAGCUUUUACCCACAGCGCCACCCGCGUCCCUGAACCCUGGGUAGGCACCUGAAAUCACCCACUACUCAGAGAUUGGGGUGGCAUGCAACAAUACAUUGGGAAUGGGUACCAAGCUAGCUUGUUUUCACUUCAGGGAGACCCUUGUGGCAUCUGCAAAGCGGGCAGCCUGGGAACAGAGGGAGCUGCUCUAUGCUGACUUUGGUUCCUCUAGUUUAGUAUUGUUCACUCUGAUCAUAGGGUAUAGAAUGAUUGGUAGCAGCUAUCUGACAUUCCAGGCUGCGGUCUCUCCCAGCCCUAUCUGGCGAUGCUGGGAAUUGAACCUGGGACCUUCUGCAUUCAGAGCAGGUGUUCUACCGCUGAGCUACAACCCUUUCCCAGGUUUAUGGGCAAUGGUUUAGGGUUAGGCUUAAUUCUACAGCAAACCUGGUGAUGUGGGUUUAAUGUAAAAUUAUGAAUUGGAAAAUUGUCCUAUGCAGAUUAGUCUAAUUUGAUUAGGCUACGUUGCGUCGGGAAUUUUCCAACUUAUAUUGGAAACAUUUUUGAUGCUUCAGAAAGUGAUCCAAUUUAGCAGGUUUAUUUGUGUUUGGCAAAACUUCCAAGUUUGUUUAGUGUUGUAUUUGCAGUCACUGUGCAUUUAUUGUUCUUAAAAAAAAAAUACUUGCCCCACAUGCAUGAAAACAGGAAGCAUCCAAUGAAAAUGUCAAAAAAGGCAGAUCGGUCUCAAGGAUGCUGAAUAGCAAUGCUUUUUAUUAGUGGACAUUCAUAAAAAGUGUUACUCUUCAGCUUCUUUGAGAUUGAUUUGCCUUUUUUGGUCACUAAUUAACUUGUGAAAUGAUUCCCACCCCCCGCCCAUUCCAUACUACCUGACCCUGCUUCCAGUAGAAGUGCUUGAUUGUGGGCUGUGACCCACACCAGUGUUGCUUCCUAAAGGUGGUGAGAGGUGUGUGUGUGUGUGUGUGUGUGUGUGUGUAGAGAGAGAGAGAUGGCUCACAAUUUCAGAAAUUAUGCUUAACCCUACUCAAUUUGGUUUCCCUUCCUGUUCAAGAAGACAAGAGUUUGCAAGAUUCUUGUGAGGAGUUGUGGUUUGCGGGUAGGUCAGAGUCUUAACAGAGCCAGUGAUGCCACAGACCAAAAACUUGAAGAAGUGAUACAACUUCUUUAAUUAGAAUUAUAGUUGCUCAAGAUUCUGGCCGUGAGUUUCUGCAGUCAUUGAAAGCAAGAUGAUGAUGAUGAUGAUGAUGAUGAUGAUUAAGUUAUUUAUUUUAAAAGCUGAAUUUCCUUGGUUUGGGUUUGAAGAACACAAAGUUCUACCAAGUUAACAUUUUCCAUGAAUUUGUGUGUGUGGAGCCUGGGUUUUAUCCACCUUCAACGUGCGUUCAAAGCAAAUUUUCACCCUCAAAGAAUUCUGGGCAAUGUAGUUCACCCCUCACAGAGUUAACGAUUCCUAGCAGCCCUUAAACAAACCACGGUGCCCAGAAUUCUUUGAGGAAAAGAGUGUGUUUUUAAAAUGUCGUCUGUACUCAAUUUAUGUCACACCCAGAAAUCAGUUGCAUUCAGUUACGUUAUACUCAAAAAUAGGCCCACUGAAAUUAAUGGGCCUAAGUUAAUAAUGUCCGUUAAUUUCAAUUGGAUGCAACCCUGUAUCUCCCCCUCCCCAUGCUUAUGCCUGAAAAAAGUAUUGUGUAACUUGAAAGUAAGCUCUCAUCUGUUGGGGUGCUCCCCACCCCCCAUCACAUUGCUGGGACAAUUACUUCAUCUUUUGAGUCUAAAGUAGCCUUUGGUUUUUCCUCUCUCUUUCGUGAGUGUGAACUGGGAAGAGGCUUCCUAUAGAAGUUGUCAGAGAUGCUCUUUAAUCAUGGGUGGUGGUGAUGGGCCAUUAUGCUUGAUCUCUUUCUUUGCUGCACUUUUUGUUCACUCAGUAAAACAUCCGUAUCCCUGGCAACCUAUUAUUCCCUGAUGGAGGCCACAUUCACAGGGUUAAAUCCAAGCAACUCCCCCUCUGGAUGUUGAAACUCCAGAUGUCACAGAACAACGGAAAUCUUGUGGCCUUGUAGCAAAAGCAGCCUAUGGGGGCGUAUGCUUAAGAGUCAGGCCCCUCCAGUUUGCAUUCAGUGGCUGUCUGGGAACGGGCCUGUGUGAUGUAUUAGGAAACUGAAAAAGAGGGUGAAUAUGAGGAUCCUAGAGGGUUUUUUUUGGGGUGGGCGGGCACAAAGAGGAAAACUGUUAUGAGAAAGUUUCCUAAAAGCAAUGCAAACCAUGAGAAAAAGUGUGCUGUGACAGUGUGUCGCAUGGGGAAGAAAAGGAACUUCCUGAAAGGUUAUGCCAUAGUAAGUUUUUUAGUCUUCAAGGUUCCGCAAGAAAUCUCUUGUUUUUGCUGCAUGAUGCUAAGGCCACAUUCAUCCAUUCAAUACACUGUGAUACCGCUUUGAGCAGCCAGCUGCUUUCCCUGGGGUACUCUGGGAAUCAUAGCUCUCUGAUCUACACCCUUCAUGAUACACAUUUUCCAGAAUUCUUUGGGGGAACCCAUGGCUGUUUAAAGUCGCGUCAUGGUGCUUUAAACGUAUGGAGUGAAUGUGCCCUUGCUCUGUCGAUAGGACUGGACUAGAUGGGGGCAGUAUGGCAAAGGAAGGGUCUUUUGAAGAAGCCAGGCUUCAACUCUUUGGAAGCACAUCUCGCUGGAAGGGAUAAUCUGUGGAAUAAGAUGGCCAUUUUGAGAGAGCCUUCAGGUGUCCUUGGAGGAGAGAAGGGCCAUCAUCACUGUCCUCUGCAGAUAUCAGCUUAGCAGGAGGUCAAUUCACACAAUAUAGGAACCAGGCCUUGAGCUUUGUGGCACCUGACCCUUGGAAAUUCCCUCGGGUUAAUUAUCAGACAGAAGCUGUAUCUGUUACCUUUUCUGUACCUUCUGAAGACAAACCUUUUAAGUCAGGGGUCAGCAACCUUUUUCAGCCGUGGGCUGGUCCAACGUCCCUCAGACCAUGUGGUGGGCCAGACUAUAUUUUGAAAAAAAAAAUUGAACAAAUUCCUAUGCCCCACAAAUAACCCAGAGAUGCAUUUGAAAUAAAAGCACACAUUCUACUCAUGUAAAAACACCAGGAAGGCCCCACAAAUAACCCAGAGGUGCAUUUUAAAUAAAAACGCACAUUCUACUCAUGUAAAAACACACUGAUUCCUGGACUGUCCGUGGGCCAGAUUGAGAAGGCGAUUGAGCCGCAUCCAGCCCACAGGCCUUAGGAUGCCUACCCCUGUUUUAAGUGGAGAUGUUUAUCCCAGUCUAUAUCUGCUUUGGAAUUUUCAUUAGUACAUUUUAUGUUUUUGUUUCGUCAGUUAUGGAUCUGCAGCCCUGGCCUCCUUAAUAAUGAUGAUGAUGAUGAUAAUCAUAAUCAUAAUCCUCAUCGUUCAAGCUGGCUGAGGCUGAUGAGUGUUGGAGUCAAACAAAAUCUGGAAGGCACCGCUUUGGCUACCCCUACCAACCAAAGUUUGAGUUUAGUACUGUAUUACAUUUUCAGAUGAAUAUACAUAAACAGAGCAACUUUAUUGUGGAUGAAAUUGCUCGAGAGACGUGUUUAUGAAAUGCACUCAGAGAUCAGGCAUGUGCACCACCACUUUUAAGUUUGUUAAUAGCAGCUUCCUGCAGUUGAAGGGGAAAUCCCCUUUUCUACCAAAAGAUGCAUCACAGAACUGGGUGUGUGGCUGAUUUUGCAGGUCCUUUGACUGCUCGGUAUGUGGUUUGUGUUAGGAAGCUGAAAACCCUUUAGAUUUCUCUGGGGAGGAAAAGUAGCUUCAUUGUCCCAUUUAAAUCUUGCCUCUGGCUCUUGUGUUUGGCAGAGGCUGAGCCUUUUCAAAUGCUGUCUAUUUUCCUGUAUUUACUUUAAAAACCUGUUGGUCCUUAAGAAAAAUUCUAAAACAUUUAUUAGUGCAAUAUCUUUAUUAGAUCAACCAAAUGAUCACAAAAUACUCAAAAUAUUUGCACACUAUUUUUGGGACAUUUUUGGUUGGUCUAAUAAAGGUAUUGCCCUAAUAACUAUUUUGGCUUAUUUAGCAUUGCCCUAUUUCAAAAAGUAAAAACCAGGGCAUCCUGAAAGUUGUUAACCCCCCCCAAAAUUUGGACCCCCCCCAAUUUUGUAGUACCACCUUUCGGAAACCCCCCUCCGGACGUCAAUUCCGCUUUUGAAAUCCUGGUAAUAUGCGGGAAAAUCCGGACCUAUCCAGCCCUAGAUCAUUUAUUUUAGGUAGGCCAUUGAGAUACUGAUCUACCACAAAAUACCCCAUGUAUAUUCUAAUUCCGUUUACCCCACUUCUCCCUAACACGGGUUGCCACCGACCCAGAAAGCACACACUCUGGUCUGCUCUUAUGCCUUUAGUAUCAGAUUGAUUUGUAUAAAUUGGAAAAUGGAGAUAUUAAUCUCUGUGCCAUGAAAAACUCCUGGUAAUUCUUACAGAUCAGUUCACAGCUAGGAGGGUGCCAGCUGAAACUUUGGUUACUCUACUUUUUGUUUGGCAGCACCAACUGAUCUCUAAGCUAGCAUUCCCAGACCCUCUUCAGCAGAGGCAUAGCUAGGGGAGGCAGGGGGCACUGGGUGCCACACUGUGGAGGGUGGCACUUACCGCGAGGCCUGCAGCACGCCUGAGCUGCACGUUUCUCCUGGGAGUAAUGCAGUGGCUUGGGUGGCGUGGGGCUUACGUCUGCCUGCCUUUUCGCUGCUCUAAAAAGCGCCGCGGGCCUGCAGGGUGCUUGUACGGAAUGUGGUUUGGACACUGGGAUUCUGGCGUGCCCUCACCUGUCCCAAUUUGGAACGUCACAAACGUGCUGAAGAAGAAUAAUCACUAGAAAAGUGCCUCUGGGCACAUGCAGAGUGCAUUUCCCUCGCACUUGAGCAACCACAGCUUCCUGCAUUGCAGCUAGGAUUAGGAAGAAAGGCCUGAGGAUGAAAUUCAAGCCCCAGGGUGCUCUAUGUGGCCCUCAGAACUUUCACCAGGUGGCACGCAGCACUGGCCCAUUUUUUUCCCCACACUCUUGGUGACUGCUUCUGUCUGGUUGGAAAAUGUGUUUGAACUCUGAUAAUGCCUCUUUCUUGUCUGGAUGGAAGACACAAGAGGGAUGUCUUUGUGUAGAAACCAGCCUCUGCCCAACCCACCACUGGUGUGUGGCCAAUGAAAGGUUGCCCAGAAGGUAAUAUGGCCCUUGGGCUGAAAACAGUUGUCCCACUCCUGUUGUAGGUAAACAAACAAUGGCUGGGCACAUGCUAGCUUCUUCUCCCUUGUGAAAUGGAACAGUUGUGUUUUGAUAGGCUUUUAAGGUGUGGCAUAGCUAAUGUGGUGACCUUCAGAUGCUGCAGGACUUCAGUGCCCAUCAUCCCUGGCAACUGGCCAUGCUGCCCAGGGUUGGUGGAAGAUGGAGUCCUAUAGUAUCUGGACAUGGAAGUCCAAUAGCAGGCCAGGAUCAUUCAGUGUGCACCUUAAAGGGUUACUUCUGUUAAUUUGUCAACUAGCCAAGGGGGGGCAGCAGAGGUGUUGCUUAGCAACCAGGUAGAGUUGCAUGAUCUUCACUGUAGUAGCAUGUGCCCUGAUUGGUUGUAUAGUUCUGAGGGAGUUUUACCUCUGUACAUUUGGUUGAGUACCUUCCUUCUAUGUAAAAUACCUGAACUAAGAAAGAAAAUCUCUUAUUCCUUUCUCCUCGGAUUGUGCUGUUUUGUUCAUUUUCCUCAGUUACCAGGUUUUCUUCUCUAUUUAAGUGCUAACAUUCUGGCGCUCACUGCAUGGGCUGCCCCUGACCUAGUUUUAUUUACUGCCAGUUUUGAUAUGUAACAUCCUUUAGCCUUGCUGCCUGCAUCCAUGACUCCUGCUCCUGUUUCAUCCUCACAGUAACCCUGUGAAGUAGGUUAGAUGUACGUGUUACCCAGGGAUAUUUAUGGAGAGUUUGAACACGGCUCGCUUUGCUCCUUGUUCCAACACUCAACUGCUCAACCACAUUGCUUCUUUUACUCUUUCCCUCCAAAGACCCCGAGACUUCAUGUCAAACUCAGCAGCCUUACAUAUGGAGAGUUUGGGGGACCUGGGGUAGCUCAGUGGAAAGAGCACGAGACUUUUAAACUCAGGGUCAUGGGUGCAAGCCCCACCUUGGGCAAAAAAUUCCUGCAUUACAGAGGGUUGGACUAGAUGACCCCCGUGGUCCCUUCCAACUCUACAAUUCUAUGAUUCUGUGUCUCAACUGAAUCCUUCAAGACGCUGAGGAUUAAGCAACUAAACAUGGGGGCAACUCCCCUGGUUAGUUCAGAACACUUGAUGAUUACAAUAAAGCCAGGAAAUGGGAUUUUAUUCCUUUUACUCUUUGGGAGGAGGGCUCGUGAACAUAUAUUUGUUGCAGUUUGAAUGUCCCCUUCUCUAGUUCCCCCAAAGAGGUCACGGAGGGAAGGUCACGGAUAGUUCAUUGGUAGAGUGGCUGCUCUGCAUGCUGAAGCCCAGGCUCGGUGUCUAGAACACCCUCUUGUCUGAAACCCUGGAGAGCUGCUGCCAGUCUGUGUGGGCAAUAUUGAGUUGAUGGACCAAUGAUCUGACUUGAUAUAAGGCAGCUUCCUCUGUCUAGGAAAGGGCUGCAGUUCACUGGUGGGGCGUUUGCUCUGAGUGCAGAAAGUUGCAGGUCCAAUUCUCAGCAUCUCCAGGUAGACUAGGAAAAACAUCCACCCACCCACCCUCUGUUUAAAAAGCUGGAGUCAGGACUCCACUUUGAAGAGCCUCUGCUGGUCAGUGUAGACAACCCUGAGCUAGAUGGACAAAGUAUGAGGCAGCUUCCUUGUUCCAUGCUCCGAAACAGGCAGUGAAUACAUAGCUGCUGUCCAGUUCAGCAGCUAGUGUGAUGCAGGCAGUUGUCUGAAUCCUCUGCACAUUUUUCUUAAAUUUGCCUUCUGUCCUCUCAAGUGUUUUUCAAAGGCCAUUCUGCUUAAUUGUGCUUUUCACAACACACUUCUUCCCUUUGGGUUAUCGGUGAAGAAAACAACGCAGGGAGAUCUGUAAGAUGGUGGAGAGAGGAACAGAGAAUCUUUUAAAAUGGCUUCUGGCUCUCUGCCUCUGGAGCUGUUUGUGUCUGUUCUCCCCGCCACCUCUCUGCCUGAGUACCUCUAUAUCGCCCUCUGCCAGCUUCCCAAAGAAAUGCAUUUUGUGUUUUUGACCUUUUCCCUCUCAUAUUAAAAUAAUUCAACUUGUAUUUUAUUUUUUUAAUAUUGUAUUAAACCCUGCUGGAAUAACAUUCCAACCUCUGUGCCAGAUAUCAGUUUAAAGCCAUUUCGUAUUUUAGCCACAAAUCUUUGGAUUUGAAGUAUUUCUUAGUUUAUAACCUCCCCUCCCCCUUUCUUAAAAAAAAACCACAAAAAAUGCAGUUGGCAGUGGUUCUUGAACUUUCUUUCUCUUUGGGCCACACUUUCAGGAGAAUAAAAUUGCUUGCACCACAACAAAUUUUUAUUGAUGAGAAAUACAUUGGAAAGAAACAACCCAUAGCAGUGUUGGAUUUUGAAAAGAUAUCUAUCUGUAUUCUGCAAAUAAAAACUAUAUUUUGAUGCUAUACUAUCACGUACCCACUUUAGCAAAACAAAAACAAAACAAGGCCACCUAGAGCAGUUCAGGUUUACAAUCAAAAACUGCCUUUCCCAUGGAAAACGAGCGAGGUCCCAACCAAAGAAGAAUGGCAACUUAAAAUGAUGCAAUAUGCGCAGCUUGCGGACCUAACUCAUAGAAUAAGAGAGCAAGAAGGUUUAAAGAAGAUUGGACAAUGUUUAUUGAAUAUAUGGGGGGAAAUUGUGUACAUUCGAAAACGUUGGCAGCAUUACAUCAACAGUGUAAAUAAGUUUUGAUGGAUGUAAUAAAGGAAUACACUGAAUAGUUUAGUUUAUAUAAGAUAUGCAGGGAUUUAUGUUACACAAAAUGAACCAGGGAAAGAGAAGAAGGGAAGUCAUUGAUAUUUUAUGGUAGUCCAGCAGCAUCUGAAGCGCACUAGGUGACUCACACCUGCUUAAGAAUAAUAACAACAAUAACUUUAUUAUUUGUACCCUGCCCAUAUGACUGGGUCGCCCCAACCACUCUGGGCAGCUUCAACAGGUCUUAAGUGUGUGAACUUGCAAGAUGGUUGACAAUGAUGAAACCCUCUCUUCUUCCUCCACAAGUCACUCAGCAUCAGAAGAGGCCUCGGGGUCUGACUCGGCCAGCCAGUCCGACAGCGAGCAAGGAAGCGAGCAUGGGAGCGAAUCCAACAGCAGCUCGGAGACUUCCGAAAGCCAGUCUGAAUCCGAAAGCGGCUCGACGGGCUCAAAAUCUCAGCAGACGCCUCUGGAAGCCAAGGAGAAACCAACAUCCAAGAAAGAAAGGCUCGCCGAUGUCAAAAAAGUAUGUUGUUCCCUUGCUGGUGGGUAUGUCUAACUCAGCUGGGUAGCCUUUGGCGGAGGUGGCAAAGCACAGCCUGGUCUCUUGCCAUCUACUACAAGGUCUUCUGUUUCCGGGGUUUCAGGUUUUGGUUUGAUAUCCUGAUAUUCAUCUGCCUUUGCCAACCUGCUGGCUGUGGCUGAUGGGAGUUGUAGUCCAAAAGGUCUGGAGAGCAAUGACUUGGCAAAGCCUGAAUUGUGUACCCUUCUGGACUCUUUUGUGUGUCGUUGGAAUUUGGCUGAGUUGCCUCUUUGGUACCGCUGAAGGAAAUUCUGAAAAGAAGGGACAGUUUUGAGUGGAAGGUUUGCAAAGAGCUAGUCAUGAUGCGUUAAAAUAAAAUUUAAAAAGUGGCAGGGAAAAGACAUAGAAUGAGGAAUGUAUUAAAGGUCUGCAGAAUUAGAAAGAGUUUGUAGGAAAUUCUAUCUUGGAGGAGAGGUGAGCUUGCAAAAUCCACACACUCCAUUCUAUUCCUACUUUUGUUAGAUAAGAAUUUAAGGGUUUCUCUGCUGGAUCAGGCGAAAGGCCUAUCUAAUCCAGCAUCCUCUUCUGACAGCAGCCAAGCAUUUGCCACUUUUGGAAGCCACAAGCCAUCCUUGAGUGCCGGCGAUGCACCAAUAUAGGGGCAGAGGCAAGGAGCUUCUAAUCAGUCUGUGGAACUCACUGCCACAAGAUAAUUUUGUUUAUUCAUUAUUUAUUUAGCAUAUGAGUGAUGGCAGGCAACCCAUCUGCAUGGCUUUAAAAGCAGAUUGGACAAAAUCACAAAGCCUUGGUAUGUUAGCUGUUACUGGCCGUGAUAGUGGAGUUGAACCUCCAUGUUGUUGUUUUUAUUUUGGUUAUGUACUUUGCGAUUUUAUAUUCUGAUUUUAUCCUGUGAAUCGCCCUGAGACCUGUGGGUAGAGGGCGGUAUAUAAAUUCAAUAAAUAAUAAUAAUAAUAAAGUUCUUUUGAGUACUGAUCCCUGGUUGUAAGUGACAAGAGGAAGCCAUUGGUGUCUCGCCAUUCUCGCUUCUAGCCUUGCAGAGUUCUUGGGCGCAUAAGAAAGAGGGAACAUCUGUCGACUGCCCUGAAUCCAUGGAUGAAGGAUGCAGUACAAAUGUGAUUAUGAUUUAUUUUGCAGAUGUGGGAAGAAUAUCCAGAUGUUUAUGGGGUGAGGCGGUCGAAUCGAAGCAGGCAGGAGCCCUCGCGCUUUAAUAUAAAUGAAGAGGUAAGGGGAGGGAGGAUAAAGAGGAGGGGAAAGACAUUAUUGGGAAUGGCCAAGCCAUUCUGUUCAGUGUUGCCUUUGAAACACAGAGGUGGCGCCAUGGCAGCUGCAUUUUUCCAUUGGACGUGCCGUGUGCCAUUCCUGCAGUCUGACCUGAGCAAGCAGCGCCCAUGGAAUGCCCCUGAACUUUCAAUGUUAUGGUUAAAAAGUUCCAGUUGCACAGUCCGAAUUGGAAGUCUGAUGUGGUUGUGAUGUAAAUGCUGGGAAAAUGAUUGCAGGAACGGCUGUGCUUGGAACCUCCGAGGGGCACCAUUGAGAUGAAUUCAUUUUGUGUGUAUGUAGGGGUGUGUGUUUGCAUGAUGUUUCGUUUCACUAAACCAUUUCCCUCCCUUUCGCACCUGUAGAUAGUCAUCUCUUGAAUUCAGUGCAUGAAAUGAACUCAGUUUGGGGUUUUAAUCAUCUGUUGGCUGAGACAUUUCUCUCCUUCCCUGCCUUCCAUCAAAUUCUGCUAAGAACAAUGUGGUUCUGGAACUUGUGACCUUUUAUUUGCUGUCCAUUUUGUGAGUUGCUUUUUCCUCCCCCCUCCCUUCAAUAUUCCCCCACAGCCUACCAAUUUGUAAGGAGGGUAAGCAGUGGUUUCGCCUUCUGUUUUUUACAGAUGGAGAAAAUGAGGCUCAGGAAAGUUCAAAGUCACACUGAAAAUGUCCAAGUUGGAAAUCCAAAGGUAGGCACCUAAAUUUAUAUUCAAGCACCUGAAAAUAUAAGCGGCACCCGCAUCUCCCAUUCGGGAGUCCUCUGAAAAUGGGUCCAUUUAUGCUUGGGUGCCUAUAUAUGGAUUUAGGUGCCUAGCAUCAGGCACCCACGGUUGAGCAUUUUGUCUCAAAAUGCAUAUUAAUUGUUCUUGGCCACUUACGGCCAACUCAGAGCUGAGUUCUGAUUAGAUUUGGUUUUCCUCAGUGUGCAACUUGAUAGCACACUGACUUGUGUUGCAUCUCCAGGGUCGAAGCUGGUAUGCAUCUGAGGACCAGUUGCUGGGGUGCACAAGCGAGGGAAAGUGCUGUGGCAUUCAUAUCCUGCUUGCAGGCUUCUCAGAUGCAUCUGAGAGCAUGUUGCAGGACUAGAUAGCCUGUUGGUCUGAUCCAGCUGCCAGGCUUUUCUUACAUUCAUAAAAAAGGUGGUGCCAGAGAUUGUCUUGUUUCCUACCUUUUUAUACAGUCUACCUGCCAAAACCCUCGAGGCAGUUUACAUUUUUAUAAUAAGCCCUUCUGGAUUUAAGAUCUGUCCAUCAGGACAAACUCACAUACUAACGCAUAAGUUGGUCAAACACACACCUGUCUAUUCAGGUUAGGGAUAGGGAGCCUGUGGCUCUCCAUAUACUCCUGGACUACAACUCCCAGAAACCCUGACUAUUGGCCAUGCAAAUUGGGGCUGAUGGGUGUUGGAGUACAGGCAAUUCCCUGUUUGCGUGGGAGUUGCGUUCCAGGUCAUGGUUCGUGUUGGUGGUUGCGUGUCAAGCGGACUCACACAAAAUAGCCUUUACCUGUAUAUCAGCAUCUCGAGGGCCACAGGUUCUCUAUCCCUACAGUAUAUAUAUCUGCAUUCUGCAAUGUUUCUCCCGCUUGACUGCCCAACGCUUUCCACAAAUACCAGUUGUGUUUUACUCUGUAAAAGCAGUAUGCAUGGGGUGUUUGUGUGUGGACGCAAGGAAAGUGCUUAAGCAAAUGCUCCCCGCUAUUGUCCACCCAACUUCCCCUCCUUUUUCUGCUGCUCUGGGGAGACCCCCCCUCCCAAGUCCCAGAUGUGGGUGGUCCAACAUCCCUUCCUCUUAUUGCCUCACAACAGUAAUUAAGCAACCAAGCGUCCUUUACAAUGGUGCUGCCUGCCGAGUGCCAAAGCCUUAGAGCUGCCUCCGUGUUUUGUUUUAUAACUUUCACAGUAUCUCGGUCUCCUAACCAUCACACUGAGCCAGGUCUCAAGAUGCUGGCAAAGAGAUGCACCCGGUUUCCAUACUAAUCAACCAUGGCACCCAUUUUUCUGCAAUACUCUGUGGCCAGAUUGUUGCUCCCUUCCUGUCCUAUGAUACUUAGUGAUCCUACUAUCAUAGAUGGUGCCCCCCCUCCACUUCAACUCCUCCACCUCCCAAACUUCCUAGUUUUCAUUAUGAGAUGGGAAAUGAGAAAGCCAGGAGACGCUUUGCAGACCAUUGUAGUUGUUUGCUUUAGGAGUGAUCAGGUUGCCUGUGGUUCUUCAGAGGUUGCCAGACUUCCAGCCAUGCACACAGGACAUAAGUGAACAAUGAGAUAGUGAGGGCCACACAAGAGAUAGUGAGGGCCACCAACCUGGAUGGCUUCAAAAGAGGAUUAAUUGAAGAAAUGGCUAUCAGUGGCUACUGGCCAGGAUGCCACAGUAUGCUUCUGAAUACCAGUCACUGAGAAUUUCAAGUGUAGAGAGGGCUGUUCCAUCCAGGUCGUGCUUGUGUGCUUCUCAAAGGCAUCUGAUAGGUCACUGUAAGAACAGCAUGCUGGUCUAGAUGGGCCUUUGGCCUAUUCACCAGGGUUCUUCUUAUCUUCUUAACUUAUCAACCCUGACCAUCAUCCACAUUGGUGGGGGCUACUGGGAGGCAGAUUCCAAGAAAGUCUGGAGGGUGCCAGGUUCCCCAUUAUUGACAAAAAUCCACAGAUCCUCCCUCCCAUAGCUGUCAACUUUCGCCUUUUCUUGCGACGAAUCCUAUUUGGAAUAGGGGAAUUUCCCUUUAAAAAAGGGAAACGUUGACAGCUAUGUUCCCUCCCCGUCCCCCAAGAAAGGUCAGAUCCAGUGGGCUGUUAGCAUGCCAUUUAUGCCAGCUUUUGUUUUCCUUUUUCCCAAGUUCUGCCAACACUAG